CUGAAUCCGGUUCCGGAGUGCCGACGACACCGAUGCCUGUGCCCACAGACUGAUCACAGGGCUUUUACCCGAACAGCACUGAAUGGUAGCAGCUGAGAGACGGGUGCGGAGCGAGGGUUGCCAAACCCGGAGGAUUUCUCACGGCUCACGGACUAGAAUGCUCUUCUAUGUGUAUCCCCAUAAACGGAUGACAACCUCCAAACAAACGUAUACUGAAAACUUUCAGCUCUACAUUUGACGCGGGGGUGUUAUUGAGAUUUUUUUUAAACCCAGGUCCAACAACAGACAUCAUGCAGGUGCAAACUGUGGGCUAACGUUCCUGAAAUGACUUGCUCGGCGCUGACGCGUUGCAUUGUGCCAUGCCAACCCUGCAUUGUCAGAUGCCAUUUUACUCUGCGUUAUCCCAGCGUCUGGAAUUCCAACAUAACUGGGCCUGUUGUGUAAUUAGAAGUUCGUGAGGCUGUAGCAAACAAGCUGGUGCAAUGAGAAGCUACGCUGUCCAAGACAUGGUGCGCAAUUUGUGCUGAAGCGUAUGGGUCCUGCGUACUCAAGCUCCCGGCUUCCACUUGGAGAGGUGUGCUGCGGGGCUACAGUGCACUGGCUGUCGGCUUCACAUCUGGACCGCUUGGCUACUGUCAUCUGCGGCCUGUUCGGACUGUGCACUCCCUGAACUUGUAUGUUUACAGGGAACUGACUGAGAUCACAUCGGAUGGUGUCGUGUUAGGUGAAUAUUUGUCUGGAACUUGACGUUACCGGUGAUCCACUAGAACACCGUGGUCCAAAGCUGGACUGGCUAAAUAAUUACUCAUGGAAAAAACGCUUAUCCAGCUAUGGAAUUUGCGUAGCGAAGUCACGCAUUUUUAAAGGCAGCGCUAGGGUGACAUUGCAGUCUUCUCACCACAUCGGUUAUUUCGUCGUCCGACAAAAAAAUAAAAGAGUGAAAGUGGAGUAUUGUCCGUCAUACGUAUCAACGCAGUGGGAUUUCUACGUCUGGUCGGCGUUCCCCCCCACCCUUCCCGCGGUGACGGUUAUGGGUCGGAAGCGGUGUGUCGGUGCAGAUUGUUCCAAGAUGGCGGCCGGGUGCUGCGGGGUGAAGAAGCAGAAACUGUCGGGAUCGCCCGGGUCGGGGGGUCCCGGCGGGGUGGGGGCGGGAAGCGGGAUGGCAGGAACCGGACAUUGUGGCUCGGAGUUGGGGAUUGGCUCCUCCGCGACCGUUGCAGCAGCGGCGAACGUUAGCAGAGCCAACGGCCUGGGGGGACCCGGGGGUAACGUUAGCGGCAGCAGUAGUAGUAGUGGUAGCAGCGGCACAAACGCUCUGUCCCCAGCCCCGGCCGGUUACACUUCAUCCGGCCUCUCCCCGAAUCUCAGCUCGGGACCUGGUUCGGGAAGUGGAGGCAGAAAAAUGGUCGUCUCAGCGGAGAUGUGCUGCUUCUGUUUUGACGUGCUUUAUUGCCAUCUGUACGGAUACCAACCUCCGAGAACACCCAGGUUUACAAAUGAUCCCUACCCGCUGUUUGUCACAUGGAAAAUAGGCAGAGACAAGCGGUUGAGGGGUUGUAUAGGUACAUUUUCUGCCAUGAAUCUGCACUCAGGACUCAGGGAAUACACCCUUACCAGUGCCCUUAAAGACAGCCGCUUCCCCCCUAUGACAAGGGAUGAGCUGCCUCGCCUCUUCUGCUCAGUGUCUCUUCUCACCAACUUUGAAGACGUCGGUGAUUACCUUGACUGGGAGGUGGGUGUUCACGGUAUUAGGAUAGAGUUUUUCAAUGAAAAAGGAUCAAAGCGCACCGCCACCUACCUACCGGAGGUUGCAAAGGAGCAAGGUUGGGACCACAUUCAAACCAUAGAUUCCUUACUACGAAAGGGAGGUUACAAAGCUCCCAUCACAAAUGACUUCAGGAAGACCAUUAAGUUAACCAGGUACCGUAGCGAGAAGAUGACAAUGGGUUAUGCAGAGUACAUCGCUCACCGCCAGCACCAUCACUACCAGAAUGGCAUUGGGCACCCUCUACCACCCUACAACCAUUAUUCCUGACAGCGAGCCGCAUGACCAAUCAUUGGACCUCUCCGCGGACCUUUUCCCAGGAGAGCCUGCCCCCUCCUGGUCUAGCUAUUUCUACUACUGUACCAUUUUAUGAUGAUAGUUUCCGUUGCCAUGCUGGCCGUCUCCUAGACGUUGACAUGGCAACGGGUGGCAACGAAGCAUCAUUUGAUUAUGGCAAGAAAUCCAUGUUUCUUUUUCUUUGCCCGUGGUUACGUUUUUGCAGCAUAUGUAUAUCUAUAUUAUAACCCCCUUCAUUCAUAUUUUUUGAAAAUUAAAACAAAUACUUUUAUUAAUCUUACGUAUUUUCAGCAAACCUAAUCAGGUGUUUGAUUCUGUGGAUGGAAGGAAGUCUCUUAAGGUGGGUUAGCCUCGUGCUUAUAUUGUUUAGGCUUUGCUACAUUUUACAUUUACUAAGAAAGUCUUUCUUUUUUCCUCUUAUUUAUCUUACUAUCCAGACAUGUAUACCAUGUAGCAAGGCAACUGCAGUUCUCAAAGGCUGUAUCGUCUCUAUUCCAAUUCCGCUCUC